UCAAUGCAGGAUUUCUUCACAAGAACGACUCUAGAUGCGGUGUUCAAAGUAGCUUUUGCGGUUGAUCUGGAUACUGUGCAUGGCUCAAGUGAAGAAGGUGUGAAAUUCACUAAUGCUUUUGUUGUUGCAAGUGAAAUGACACUCCGGCGUUAUGUUGACAUCUCCAAGAUUGAGCAAAUGCACAAGUUUCAGGAUGAUUCCACUGUAUGCAAACUUCUUCCCACUUCCUCUUUUCAUUCUUUGAUUUUCUUUAGCUAUGCUGUCAAUAGAAACUCAGAUAUCAUGAUUCUCUGCCAGUCGGGGUGGAAGAAAAACGACAUUCUGUCAAGGUUCCUGCUGUUGACUGAAACAAACCCAAGAUACUUGAGAGAUGUGACAUUAAACUUCAUGGUUGCUGGCAAAGAUACAACAGCUAUUUCUCUUUCCUGGUUUAUAUACAUGCUUUGCAAGCACCCUUCUAUUCAAGAAAAAGUAGCACGAGAGAUUAAAGAAAUAACAAAGGUGGAUAAAAUCACAGAUAUUGAAGAAUUCGCUGUCAAUAUGCCUGAAGAAGCCCUUGAGAAAAUGCAGUAUCUACAUGCUGCUCUAACAGAAACUCUGAGGCUUUGCCCUGUGCUUCCAGUGGUAAGUAAUACAAUUUCCUAAACAGAAAAGGCUUAUAUAUACGUGCUCACAAGCUAUAAUCUUGACCUGUAUAUUAUCUCGCUCUUUGGCAUUGAAUGCACUAAUUGCAGGAUGCCAAGGUAUGCUUUUCUGAUGAUACAUGGCCGGAUGGAUUCAACGUCAAGAAGGGGGACAUGGUAUGCUACCUGCCAUAUGCAAUGGGGAGGAUGAAAUUUUUAUGGGGAGACGAUGCAGAAGAGUUCAAACCAGAGAGAUGGCUUGAUGAGAAAGGUUGCUUCAGGCAGGAAAACCCCUUCAAAUUUACAGCUUUCCAGGUUAGUAAAAACACUUAAU